UGGCAAGGAUGUCUGGAAAUAAAUCAAAGCAGGAGUGAAAUCUGUCGCGCAUGCGCCCUUGUGUACAGUCGACUACUUGAUGUCACGACGUCUCAUUAGCUUGCAAGAUAUUCUCCGGCGCAUAUUUGAAGUUGUCUCGCGCAAAGAAGGACUUUUAGCUUGGUGUGCAAUCAUGACAGAAGAACAAGAAAUCAUGUGCAAAUUAGAAAACAUCCUGGAAGUAAGGAACAAGACUGUCCAGAUGCAGAAGAUCAGGUCCCGUCUGAAGACCGAGUUCGAGGCUCUGGAGUCGGAGGAGAAGCACCUGAGGGAGUACAAGCAGGAGAUGGACCUGCUGCUGCAGGAGAAGAUGGCCCAUGUCGAGGAGCUGAGACUCAUCCAUGCAGACAUCAACGUGAUGGAGAGUACGAUCAAGCAGUCUGAGAACGACCUGAACAAGCUGCUGGAGAACACGCGGCGUCUGCACGAGGAGUACAAGCCCCUGAAGGACCACGUGGACGCCCUGCGCAUGGCCCUGGGCCUCCACCGCCUGCCCAACCUCAGCGAGGAGGAGGAGAAGCUGUCACUCGAGUCAGUCACCCAGAGUUACUUUGAGAAGCAAAAAGCAGAGUGGCUGAAAGAGCCUCAAGAGCCGAUCAUUCCAGAAUCCUUGGCUGCAGCUGCGGCCGCUGCCCAGCAACUGCAGGUCUCCCGGAAACAAGAUGCCCGGCAACCGGCAACCUUCCGGCAGCAGCCUCCCCCAAUGAAGGCUUGUCUAUCCUGUCAUCAGCAAAUUCACCGCAACGCCCCGAUCUGUCCACUCUGCAAAGCCAAGAGCCGCUCUCGCAAUCCCAAGAAGCCAAAGAGGAAGCCGGAUGAGUAAACAGACCCCGUCCCCUCCCCUUCCCCCUCUCUUGGCGCAGUGGUUUAGAAGUUCUCCUUCUGACAUUAUCAAGCUCAUCAUCGUAGACCGCCAACGUAACCAAAAUCCCAUGUCUGAAAACCAUGGGUUCAUGUGUCAUUGUUUAGUUUUUUUGUCAGAUGCCUAGUCUUUUGUUUAAGUGUACUUAACGUGUUUAAUACUUGAUACUUGCUUUGAAUCUCACAUCAUGACUGUAAAGAUGGCAAUAACUGCACACAUGCUUAAAUGCUAAACCGCGGGGGUUUGGCAUGUAGUUUGUAUUGUAAUGGGAAAAAUAACUUUUUGCCAGUAACUUUGAAAUGCAGUAUUUUAACGUCACAUUACUCCACCUCAGAUCAACUUCAAGAUGUGUUUAUUAUGUGGUAAUGGAAGCUAAAUUAGAAGAAUUUGUCAGUGGAACAUUUCAGCUAUAAGUGUUUUUUUGUAUCUUGUUAUUUUAUAUGCAUGCCAAAAGUGAUGGAUAUGGUUCUGGAUAUCUGUGAUUAUGUUUUCUCAAUUGAAAGGGACAGCUGUGAUGUUGGUAGCUAGCAAUGGUGUCUUUACAAAAGGCAAAGGUGAGUGUGGUUCUAGUAAAGUGUAAUAUGCCAGUACAGUUUUUCUUAGAAAAAGUUGGUUGGUUUGUUAUGGAGUAAAACUCUUGUGGCCAGUAUCAGAAAUAAACAUUGGUUUAUUGAUGUUGUAAUGGCAUCUCACUUGACUUGA